AUUGAAUACACUAAGAUAGAAUCGUUAUCCUGUGAUCAACCAUAGACAAAAUAAAAAAGUUCUGAAGAAGUAAAACGUCAAACAUAAAAUUUUCAAGAUCUUUCACUUUGACAUUUGCUCGACUGCAAAAUGUCGGCCCACAAAACAUUUAUUAUCAAGCGCAAGCUUGCUAAGAAACUGAAACAAAACAGACCUAUCCCUCAAUGGGUUAGAAUGCGUACUGGAAACACCAUCCGAUACAAUGCUAAGAGGCGUCACUGGAGGAGGACAAAGCUGAAGCUGUAAGGUGUUACCUGAUAGUUGUUAAGCUGAAUAAAACCUCAUAAAAGUCACCCAA